CCUCCCCCAUUCCCUUAUAAUCCCCCCUACCCUCCUCUGCUCGUACACCUCGGCUGCGACAUUGAGAGUGUGAGAGAGAGAGAGAGAGAGAGAGAAGGGGAGCAGCGAAAGGGCGAGAACCCUAACCCUAGCUUCGUCCCUUCCACCAUGUCUCUGAUCGCGAACGAGGAUUUCCAACACAUCCUUCGUGUUCUUAACACGAACGUCGAUGGGAAGCAGAAGAUCAUGUUCGCACUCACCUCCAUCAAGGGUGUCGGCCGGCGCUUCGCCAACAUCGUCUGCAAGAAGGCCGACGUCGACAUGAACAAGAGAGCCGGUGAGAUUUCAGCUAUGGAGCUUGAGAACCUUAUGACUAUUGUUGCGAAUCCCCGCCAGUUCAAGAUUCCGGAUUGGUUCCUUAAUAGGAAGAAGGAUUAUAAGGAUGGCCGGUAUUCUCAAGUUGUUUCCAAUGCUUUGGACAUGAAGCUGAGGGAUGAUCUGGAGAGGCUGAAGAAAAUUAGAAAUCACCGUGGCUUGCGUCAUUACUGGGGUCUCCGUGUCCGUGGACAGCACACAAAGACUACCGGUAGGAGGGGAAAGACUGUUGGUGUCUCCAAGAAGCGAUGAGCCUAUCCUCCUUUCUCUACAUUACGCUGUGUUCUGAUCAUAUUGCUUUCGAACUUUGAGGUUUCAUUGAGAUCCUGUGUUUGGUUAUUUUAUGAAUUUUGUGAUGGAUUAGCUUUUUGAUUUGAGGCAACGGUUUAAAUAGUUCAUGGAACCAACAAUGUUCUUAUUCUGUGUUUCCAGCGUCUUUGAUCAGAAAGAGUUUCAUUACUUCCUAGGUUUUUGAAUGAUAUUAUUUAUGGUCGAGAAAGGAUGCUGUUUUGAGUUUAA